AUGUAUCACCCAAACUUUCUCUAUGAUUAUCACUCCCAGUAUUUUAAGGAAUCACAAGAUUCCUAUAAAUCCAACCUGGAAAUAUUAAUGGAGGAUUUCAUUGCGACGCAAACUUAUUCUAGGAUAGAAUCUAUGAUGGAACGCUUUGUGGCUACACAAACUCUUCAGAAUGAAGAAUUUAGAAAACAAAGUUUUUAUACCAAUGAAACCCUUACGCAACUGAACCCUAUGGUCGAGUCCCUCGUCACUCACAACGAGGAGGGUUCAGGUGAGAAAAGAGUAGAGAUUGAGAAAGAUCCACCGACACCACUCGGAAGCGAGGUUAUCGAUGAAGUAGAGAAGGAAGCACUAUGUGUUGUUCCUCCUCCCUAUAAAUCACCAAUUCCUUUCCCGCGAAGGUCUGUGGAAGUUAAGGUAGACCCCAAAUCCGAAAGGUAUGAGGAGCUAUUGGAAAAUAUCCACACCAAUGCUCAUUUAUUUGAGAUCCUGAAUAAGAAGAGAAAACUAGAAGACCGUGAAACUAGUGAACUCAUUAGUAUAAAAAGGGGAAAGUUAGACUUUGAGGUGGUGGAUGAAAAAAUUGAACCCAAACCUGAAAAACUAGCUCUCAGGAUAAAGCCAGAACCACCACCACAAGUUUAG